CGAGUCACGUGCACGCCUGCCAUCGUCCGGCCUUCCGGUUGAACAACGGCGAAUUAUGCGGAAAAGAAUCUCGCCCAUUGAAACGACCCUCAAUUGCAAGAUACAUUCCGUGUGAGCGAUUCAGAGAGAGCGGUCGGUUUGCAGAGCCCGACAAUAUCUGCAACAAUGAGUCUCCGAUUUGCCGCCCGGCGGCUGGCAGUGUCAGCAAGGACCGCACACCCUGUAUCCAGUACACCAGCUCCUGUUUUCUCUGCUACUGUCGGACCCUCAGUACAACGACGGCACAAAUGGGCUUCCAAUCUCUUCAAGGGAUGGGGCAAACCCCGGAAUAAAGACGCUGGAGUUUCACCCGCACAGGACCCUACAUCUCUGCUCGACGACCCCAAGAGCCGUGAAGAAUAUUUGCAGAAGAGCAUGUACAGCGGUGUGGAGGACAACAUUUUCCAGGACGAGAUCGAAAAAGUCAGUACCGACACCACCCCCGGCGCCCCCGAGAUCGAGCAAAAGACGAAAGAGACCAUGGCCAUGGUUGUGGACCCUGAUCCUCGAAGUCGAGUGCGUUGGCAACGCAAGAAGGUUAUUCAGAUGGUUCGCCGCAAUGGCCGUCUGACAAGAGACGAGCGCAUCCAGAUGUCAGAGCGCCAACUUCUGCACAAGAGCGAGUUUAUGCCCACAAGUGUCAAGAAACUCGUAAUGUUGGCUCGUCAGAUCGCUGGAAAGAGCGUCGACGAUGCCAUUGUGCAGAUGAAGUGGUCCAAGAAGAAGAUGGCAGCCGAAAUCGGAUAUUACCUUGAGGAGGCUCGAGAUUUGGCUAUUGCACAGCGUGGUAUGGGACUCGGAAAAGUCAACAACGAGAUUUUGAAAACUCCCAAGAAGAUCCAAACAGUCGAUGGCAAAUGGAUUGAAAUUGAGGACCCUACACGAAUGUACAUCGCUCAAUCGUGGGUUGGGAGGGGUCCCUGGCGAGGAAAGAGAAUUGACUACAAGGGUCGUGGACGCAUGGGCAUCAUCAGACAUCCCAGCACAAGUCUAACGGUGUUACUCAAGGAAGAAAAGACAAGAAUACGAGAGUACGAGGAGCGUGUGGAAAAGAAGAAUAAGAAGGGACCUUGGGUGCAUCUCCCCAACCGACCAGUAUAUGGACAAAGACCAUAUUACUCGUGGUAAAACCACGACUGCCAUCUGAAAAUGGAGUUAAAAAGAGACGGAGUCUUCAAGCGUCGCCAGAGGCCACCAUGUAAUUUCUCAUAGAAACUUGUAAGAUAUGUACAGUGAAUGGGAUGUACACUUGAUCAAGACUGACAUUCACACUCCGAUGCCGACU